AUGGCUGCGAUCCCUUCGUUCGCCUUUCCAGACGUGGACGCGUCGCAGCUUGAUGACAAAAUGGACGUAGCCUCCUCGCCGUUUCGACAGCCCGACGAUCUCGACAUCGACCUCGAUUCCAUCCGCGAUCCUUCCGUUGUUGGUUCUCCUCUCGACGACAUGGUUGAUGACCCUGCGGGACUUCCCAAUACGGGACCAGAUACUAUGGAAGACCAACCUGACGAGACAUUACUGGAUGAUGAUAUGAAUGAUGAACAGAACGCAUCGAUGCUAACUGAACAACCCGAUCCGGACUACAAUAUGGAUGCCUCUGUCGAAGAAGUUCAAGGUGAUGAAGAUGAAGAUAUCCUGUAUGAAGACGAGGAGGAUAUCGGUAUGGCUGUGCCAGACACUGAAGGGACUGCUAAGUACAACACAAAUGAGGGUCAGCCGCAGGCCUAUGAAGAGGUGGGAGCCGACGUGAUUUUAGAAGAACUUGGGGAUCAGCCGGAAAAACAGGACCACACCGAUAUAGGUACUAAUCAAUUUGAAACUCUCUCCGCUGGGGCACCCGUCCCUGUCGCAGAAGAUGCAGCCCAAGAUCAAGGAGAGACUCAGGCUUCAAGAGUUGAGACACCGGAAACAUCUCAAGAAUAUCCAACAAACCAAGCCGAUCCUGAACGAGAGCAAGGUGAGCAGCGUGAUGAUGCUGCGGAACUGCCAGAACAACAUCAACAAGCUGAGGGUGAUGAUCAUGUUCCCCCCUCCGAGGAAGGUAGUCGUCGUGGGGCUGACUCUCAGGCAACCAUCGAAACAAAUGAACCCGGGCCCAAAGACCAACAUGAUAACACGGCGAAGAUCGAAGAUAAAAGAGCAGCUCAGACCGUGCAUCCUGUGACCCUUGUUUAUCUCGAAGAGGAAAUGUCGCUCUUCCCGCCCAUGAUCGGCGACGCUUCGAGUGUAUACUUCCUGCCUGACGCUUCGUUGGCCUUUGAGCCUCUGGACAGACUGCUUGCAGCAUGCCGUGAGAUCUUGACUGGAACCCUGGAUCACCAUGAUGAGCUUGUGCUUGACGUGCCUGGGCUAGGUCUGCACAUCUGCGAGGACUCAAAAUAUGCUGCUCAGAUUACACUGUCUCAGAUCCUCGACGUCUAUUUGCACCUAUGCAGUAAUGACGCAGGCCAAGUGUCUCAACCUCUAUACUGUCACCUCAGCAGCCGAGUGAGCCUGGCGUCGCAAUAUGCCUACCUCUGUUCCGCGGGAGCCGAAGGGAAGACCUAUGCUGAAAUUGCUGCCGAUCACUUAGAUUCUCCAGAGCUGGAGGGCGACGGUGCAGGAGAAGAUAAUGACCAUCACGAACAUCAGAACGAAGGCGAUCAGUCGCCUGCCAACGAUGAAACAGAGGACAUUGCGGAGAGUACGGACAAUCCACCGACCACGGCCCGUGUUGGUAAUGAUCAUCAUCGUCUAGAUACCUUCGACGAGGAAGAGCAGGCGGAGGAUGAUAUCUUCUCCGACCAUGCCACCAGGGGUACUACGCCUACAAUUUCAAGUGCCGUGCUUGUCGCUACCGAUACAGAUCAUCCCGAGGUUGUCGCAAUCACAGAAGCGUCUGAGACUGCUGAACAGGUAGACCUGCUUGAUAGAGCUGAUCCACAAGAUCAUGAGUCAGAGUACGCGUACGACGAGACUCGAGAGCCCGAGAAUAGUGGAACUGAGCAAGAGGGGCAUCCCGAAGCUGAAGAUAAGCUGCAUGAGGGUCAUGAGCAUGAAACAAACAGUUCACAUACUGUGGAAGCCGAUUCGGCCGGCACGGACCUCCAGGAUAUCGAUGCUACUGAUGUCGAGGCAAAAGGGCUUGUACAAUUCACCGAAGAAGCGGAAGAUCUUUUCCACCAUGGAGAGGAUGGACUCGAGCCGGAAACCAGCUACGAGCCUUUUGAAGAUGAAGAGCUCUUCGUCGCUCAGGAUGAAUAUGGCGAAGGUCCGGCUGAAGACGUCUCCGCAACCAUACAACAAGACCUAGCGGCGACUUUGCCAAAUGCAGGCGAGCCGGAGGCGCCUGAGACUCGAACUUUGCUUCCCGCCAAUGCCGAAUCCUCGGGCCAGGACACGCUGCACCCAGCUUCGGCCGAUGGAGUGGAAUUGCCGGCCAAUCUUAGUCCUCCCCAGACUCCUGUCAAAGGCACGCAAGCCAAAAGGAAGGCCGAAGACGAUGAUGAGCUCCUUCUUGAUCUUGACACGCCAGACACAAAGCGUCGACGACCUUCAUAG